CUGUAAAAGUUGUGCAGAAAUAAAUGUUUGACGUCUGCUACGACAAUUCUUAACGCAUAAUCAUUGUUUGAUCAAUAAAUUUGCAAAUAUUAUAGAAAAAUUGUAAUGCUAGGUACAGCAGUAAAAAUUUUUAACUUCAAUAAACUAUUUGUCGAUUUGACAGCGAGAUUUGUUGGACGAAAAUUGAAGAAUAAUACUCGUUUAUUGCAUUCAUUCUAUUUUAGAGGUUAUGCCACACUGUGCUCCAAUAAAUAUUUUAAAUAUUUAGAUAACAAUAAAGCAGUGAUUUAUUUCACUGUGCACAGAAAAUAUUCGACUGAUAUUGAAAAUAAGAAUUCUCAACAAGAAAUCAGCGCCACUGAAUAUGACAAAGUUUCCAAUGAAACCCUCGAAUCGUUAACAGAAUUUUUUGACGAAAUUGUGGAUCAAGCGGAACAUUUGGAAGAUGCGGAUGUUUCAUAUGGGGAUGGAGUUCUAACAGUAAAAUUUGGUGGUUCCUAUGGUACAUACGUUUUAAAUAGACAAACGCCAAAUAAACAAAUAUGGCUCUCAUCACCGACGUCCGGACCAAAACGCUACGAUUUCAUCAAUAAUAAAUGGAUCUACAAACAUGACGGCAAUUCGCUGCAUGAACUUUUAAAUUCCGAAAUUCCCUCUAUCGUUAAGCAAUCCAUAUCAUUUAAUAAAUGUUCAUACAGUGGGAAGUAAAAUUCACGAAUAAUUCCCAACAAUUCCCAAGAAUUCCUAAAUCAGCGACUUAAUUAGGAAAAACAAAGGACAAAAUCAAAGACGUCGACUAACAAUAUUUCCAUCUUGAGAAGAAGCAAUUGUUUUUCCAGCAAAUAGAAUAUUUCUUCUAAAUAGAAAUUGAUAGAAAUUUAUUUGUACGAAAUGAAUGUAUAAUAUAUUUUAAGAUAAUAAAAAUGUAAAAUAUUAAAAAUA